AUGUCUCUGAAGGAGCUGAACUCUGCCUGCUGUCCCGUAAGAAAUGGCACUGUGGCCCGGAGAUGGCGGUACAGAAUGAGGCUGAAGAGAUCACCUGUCGUGGGAUGCUGCCUCUUGCUUGCCUUAUCUGUGGUUGCUCUUACUAGUUACUCUCCAGCAUCUCUGAGCAGCUACAAGGGGUCGGAUAUCCAGUAUCUGCCUAUGGAUGACAAAACUGUCCAGUCCAAGUAUCUGUGGACAAACGUGACUACUUCUGUCGCCCAGCAAUCAUGGCGCCUCAGCCACAGGAAAGGGCCCCAUCCUCAGCAAAGACAAAGCCCAUCGCAUUCCAACUCUGCCCGCAAGCAAAAGAGCAAGCCCAACAACCAGGGCAGAGGAAAGGCGUUGAAAGCAAAGCGGAAGUACAAAGGGCAGAUUCAAAAACAAAACCUUGCUGAGCAGAGAAGAGGGCCACAACACCGAGACUAUCUCCCUGACACUAAGCACGGAAACAAAAGAGAGCUUGAUCGUCGCUUCUAUCCCCGCACAAAGAAGGAGGUAGAGUGGAAACCACAGAAGACCCCCAUCUCCCCUCCUUCACACAGUGACGGAAAGCAUGGAUCUCUUUUAUAUCAGAAGAACUCUUCUCCUGCAGGCCCGUUAGCUGUAUCACAGGAACAGUGGAAACCAGAUGUGCAGACAGCUGGCACUGAACACCAAUCCUCCAGUUUAAUCAAAGCUAUUAUCUCAGACAGGCAGUUCUUCCAGAGCAUGACAGGCACUCAGGGACUGAUGGAUAAUUCUCCCUCUCAUACUCCAGAAAGGCAUUUGUGGGCCAGAGAAACUAAGGAGCUACAGAAAUCAGAAUGGUGCAUACAGCCGGAAGACAGAGGUCUUCCUAGAAAACAUGAGGGUAGAAUAAGGUUUGGUGAGAAGAUCUUGCCUUGGUUUACUUUGGAUGAUGUGCAGAAGAUGAAGUUUCUGGCUAAUACUGCAGUUGUAAACAAAGCCAGAAUCCCUGCCCACGGGCAAAUACUCAGAGUCACCCUUUCAUCUGACCAAGAUGCCUUUUCUCAUGACCCAGAAAGACUCUGCUUGGAUGGGCUGUGUGGUUUAAUCAAAAGGUCCGGUGACCUCUAUGAGGUUCUGGCUUUCCACUUGGACAGAGUGUUGGGGCUGCACCGGAGCCUGCCUAUGGUGGCCAGGAAGUUUAAUAGUCACCUGCUGCCCUACAAAUAUACCAGUGGGGAAACUAGGCCCAUCGUAUGGUGGGCACCCGAUAUACAGCACCUGAAGGAUUCCAACAAUGACCAGAACUCCUUUGCUCUAGGAUGGCAGCAAUAUCAGGAGUUACUGAGGCAACGGUGUGGUAUGGAAGGUUCCAGAACUUCUUUUGGGAAAGCACCAUGUCUAACUGUCCAUCACUCAGAAUGGUCCAAGUUGGCACUCUUUGACUUUCUUCUGCAGGUCCACGACCGCCUGGAUCGAUACUGCUGUGGCUUUCAGCCAGAUCCUUCUGAGCCCUGUGUUCAAGAAUUGCUUCACGAGAAAUGCCGAAACCCUUCUGAGCUGGCCUUGGUUCAUAUAUUGAUCCGGAGGAGCAAUCCUUCUCACUUAACAUUUAUUGACAAUGCAGGCAGACCUCUUCACCCAGAAGAAAAACUCAACUACAGACUGCUGCAAGGCAUCGAUGGGUUUCCUGAGACAGCUGUGACGGUGCUCAGAUCAGGAUGCUUACAAAACCUCCUGCUGCAGUCGCUCUAUGUGGAUGAAGAAUUCUGGGAGAGUCAGGGUGGGUCUGAGGGACUCAGGCCCUGGCUUCAGACCAUUGACAGAAGAGGACAGAUUCUGCUACAGUAUAUUCAGAAGCACAACUUGACAGACGAUAAAGAACCGUGGCUUUAGACUUCUGGCAAGGAA